UGGCAUCCAGCCGGGGACUGAGCGGGGCGGUGUGCGACCCCUGGCUCUGCCUGGCCGCACGAGGCGGGUGCUGGCCCUCGGGGCGGCGCCACCUGGGAAGCAAGGGCGGGAGACUGGGCGGUGCGGCUGCGGGGUGGGACCCGGAGCCUGGCGCGGGGCUGAGCGGCCUCUGGCCCCGCGGGGACGACGCCUCGGCUUCGAGGGGCAGACCCCGCCCAGGAGGUGGAAGGGCGUCGGAUUGAGGGCCUCCUGCGGUUCGAGGCUUGGAUAAGCCGGGCGGGGGCGUUUUCAGGGAAACGCUGGAGCUGGGGCCGGCUGGAGGGGGCGGCGGCCACCACACCGAGACUCCUCCCACGGUGACCACACUGGCUGCUUUCGUUGCCUCUCGUGACAGGUGCUCUGUUGGCCUGUCCUGUCACAGCGAGGGUGAUGACCCGGAGGCAGUUUUGAGGAUGAGGUGCCUGGCGCACAGUAAGUCGGCUAACUGUUGCUGCUGUGAAGUCAGCAGCACAGCUGACACACAGGUGGCCUCCUGCCUGGCCCAGCGCCAUGCACACGCUUGUGUUCCUGAGCACACGGCAGAUGCUCCAGUGCCAGUCAGCUGCCUGCCAGGCCCUGCCCCUGCUGCCACGAGAGCUCUUCCCCUUGCUGUUCAAAGUGGCCUUUAUGGACAAGAAGACUGUUGUGCUGCGGGAGCUGGUGCACAUGUGGCCCUUCCCACUGCUCAGCUUCCAGCAGCUGCUGCAGGAGUGUGCCCACUGCAGCCGGGCCCUGCUGCAGGAGCGGCCUAGUACUGAGAGCAUGCAAGCCGUGAUCCUGGGGCUGACCACCCGGCUCCACACCCCAGAGACUGAGGCUGGCACUCAGCCCCUCUGCAGGAAGCACGUGCUGCGGGUGCUGGACAUGACGGGCCUUCUGGAUGACGGCGUGGAGCAGGACCCUGGCACCAUGAGCAUGUGGGACUGCACAGCAGCUGUGGCCCGCACGUGCAUUGCACAGCAGCAGGGCAGGACUGCAGAGCCAGGGCUGGCCCCCAUUCCUGUGGAGGUGCGUGUGGACCUGCGGGUGAACCGGGCCUCUUAUGCAUUCCUGCGGGAGGCGCUCCGCAGCAGCGUAGGCAGCCCACUGCGGCUCUGCUGCCGGGACCUGCGGGCUGAGGACUUGCCCAUGCGCAAUACAGUGGCCCUGCUACAGCUUCUGGAUGCUGGCUGCCUGCGCCGUGUGGACCUGCGCUUCAACAACUUGGGCCUGCGUGGCCUGUCUGUCAUCAUCCCGCACGUGGCCCGCUUCCAGCACCUGGCCAGCCUGCGGCUGCACUAUGUCCAUGGGGACUCACGGCAGCCCUCCGUGGACGGUGAGGACAACUUCCGCUACUUCCUGGCUCAGAUGGGUCGCUUCACUUGUUUGCGGGAGCUCAGCAUGGGCUCCUCUCUCCUCUCGGGGCGGCUGGACCAGCUACUCAGCACCCUGCAGAGCCCCCUGGAGAGCCUGGAGCUGGCCUUCUGUGCCCUACUGCCUGAAGACCUGCGUUUCCUGGCACAGAGCCCUCAUGCUGUCCACCUCAAGAAGUUGGACCUGAGUGGCAACGACCUGUCCGGCAGACAGCUGGAGCCCUUCCAGGGUCUGCUACAGGCAGCAGCAGCCACUCUGCUGCACCUGGAGCUGACUGAGUGCCAGCUUGCUGAUACCCAGCUGCUGGUCACACUCCCUGUGCUGACUCGCUGCACCAGCCUCCGCUACCUCGGCCUCUACGGCAAUCCACUGUCCAUGGCAGGCCUCAAGGAACUCCUGCGGGACUCAGUGGCACAGGCUGAGCUGCGCACAGUGGUGCACCCUUUCCCUGUGGACUGCUAUGAGGGCCUGCCCUGGCCACCGCCUGCCUCUGUCCUGCUGGAAGCCUCCAUCAAUGAAGAGAAGUUUGCCCGUGUGGAGGCUGAGCUGCACCAGUUGCUGCUGGCCUCGGGCCGUGCUCAUGUGCUCUGGACCACAGACAUCUAUGGGCGCCUGGCUGCAGACUACUUUAGCCUGUGACCUCUCGCCUCUGGGUGAGAGUCGGGCAGUCCGGGGGUCCAGGGUUCGUGGAAGCCCCUUGCCCCUUGGGUAGGCAGACCCUUGGCGGGGACCCUGCUGGAGGCCUGACAUAAAGGCACUAGUCUCUGAUUUCCUUGUUCCCGGGUGCACCCUGAGCCUCCCCAUGCUUUCUGUAGCGCGCUGCGCAGUUUGUUCUGCACCUGCUAACCUGACUGGUUGACCGCUUGCGGGCCUGCGGGCUGGAUUUUAGGCCUGCACGGCCCUGCUUAGGUUUAGCUGCAUUUGGCUGCCCUCUGGUGUCCUGGUUCUCUCUUCAGAAUGUUCCUGGGGUCAGUGAGCUAAGAGAGAGUGUUUUCCUCUGGGCCCUCCCCAAGAGCAGACUGGUCUGGGGUGGAACUUAGGACAGGCCUGCUUCAAGGAGGACUGAGCCCCCACGCUCUCUGGGGCUUCUUAGGGGGUCUUCCUACCUUGACACCCAGGAGACUGCCUCUCAGCUGGGUUUUGGAGCCAGAAGGUGUCCUUAAGGUACAAAAGUGCAGUGUGUUUAGAACUUAAA